GGUGAGAAGCAUAUCUAUUGAAUUACUGAACUAGAAAAGCGCACAUUACAGCUGAAAAGUACCACGAUGAGGUCGUCGAGAGGUUGGAACACCCGUCUGAAGUUACAUUUGACGCUGCAAACGUCUCUCGUAGUAAGCCAGGCAUAUCUUAAGACUCAGUGGUGCACAAGGGGUAUUUUGGAGUUGGGGCUCCCCGGAGUCCUCAACACCAUCCGGCGCGACAGCUGCAUGUCUGUAGAGGAGGCGACCGGGCCAGGCCAUUCGCCCAGACUCUCGUCAUUCGCGGUUAAGCUUGUUUUCCGCCGCAUGGCUCAAGCCCAAAGAGGGGGCGCAUUGUCCGCUCACGGUGCUUGGCGGGCCGUGAUAGGUGCUACUGCAGCGGGUUCCCUGGGGCGUGCAGGAGACGAUAAUCUCGGCGACAUGGCGUUUUAUAUUACCUUCGGUAGUGGCCCAGCAGCAGCCGAUCGGGGACGAGAGGAAGGCUGGUCCUGCCAGUUGAAGUCGGGAUAGAGGCUCAGCAGGUGUUGUGGCCUGCUCUCUUGGGCAUCGCGUCGCGAACGACAGGAGUUGGUCUUCAGCUGCCUCGCCCGUCAGCACAGCGCGUCUCCUGUUCCUGGCCAACAACCUGGAGAGGAACUCCACCAGAACUGCACCAUCCGCUAGCGCAGCGCAAGUGGCGGUCGCCGGGGGCGUGCAAUCGCGUGCCAAGGCCCACCAAAUGACGGGUGCGAUAGAGAGAGGGAUGCUCCUGGCCCC